CUGAAAUGACCGGGAAGUGUCAGGAGGAGCAGAGGUGUGGUCUUGAAGGGUUGACUGAGUCUGAUGGUUCACAGCCAUCCUACUGGUGUUUGCUGACUUGAUGGAUAAGGGAGGCAGGUCACUGGAAGGACUGAGCGCGUUCGGGAGCCUGGAGGAACUCAUCUUGGACAACAAUCUGCUCGGGAACGACCUCGUGUUGCCAGGGUUACCCAGGCUCCAUACCUUAACCCUCAACAAGAACCAGAUCACUGACUUGGAGUGUCUGCUUGAUCACCUGGCAGAAGUGACACCAGCUUUAGAGUACCUCAGCCUGCUGGGCAAUGUGGCCUGUCCCAACGAGCUGGUCAGCUUGGAAAAGGAUGAGGAAGACUACAAGAGAUACAGAUGCUUUGUUCUGCACAAGUUGCCCAAUCUGAAGUUUCUGGAUGCCCGGAAAGUAACCAGACAAGAACGAGAGGAAGCUUUGCUCAGAGGGUCAUUCAUGAAGGUGGUGAAGCCCAAGGCUUCCAGCGACCGCGUCACAGCUUCUCCAGAGAACCACUAUACACCCCUGCCUGCUGCUUCAAGGGAUCUCACCCAUCACCGAGAGCCUUGGAAUCCUGUUAGGAAAUUUCCAGUACAAGCAUUUGGGGGAGAUACCAGUACUCAGGUUGGGCAUCUGGGAGAAAUAGACAAGCUCUUAUUACAGCAUGGAGGAUGGGGAGAUUACCUGGCCAAGUAUCAUUUCAGGUGUCCUGGGGAAGUGUCGCUAUGUUUACUACGGGAAAAACUCGGAAGGCAACAGGUUUAUCCGAGAUGACCAGCUCUGAUGGCAAGUUCUGUAUGCUUUAGCCUGUGUCGUAAGAAUAAAAGAAAAAAGGCAAGUAAAAAUAAAGGAAAAACUAAAGAAAAAA